AGCCUCAGUUUCCCCUGGAGAAGCGGGGAUAAGGAGAGCAGGCCCUCGGAGAGUCGGUGUCAGGGUUCAGUAAAAUGCUCAGGUCAGAGCCGGGCACAGAGCAGUGCCCGCUGCAUGGGAGUUGCUAUCUUAUUUCACCUUGGAUCCAGCCCCAGUUACGGUCGACACAGGUGCCGCUCAGAAGAGAGCUCGCCAGCCAAGAGCCCUUGGAGCCAAGGAGGCACUGCCGCUGAGUUUGGUGCCUGAGCUGAGUCAGUUGGUGACAGCAUGACGAGUGAGGUGAUCGAAGAUGAGAAACAGUUCUAUUCGAAGGCUAAGACCUACUGGAAGGAAGUCCCGCCCACCGUGGACGGCAUGCUCGGGGGGUAUGGCCACAUCUCCAGCAUCGACAUCAGCAGCUCCCGGAAGUUCCUGCAGAGGUUUUUGAGGGAAGGCCCAAACAAGACGGGGACCUCCUGUGCCUUGGACUGCGGAGCCGGCAUAGGCCGGAUCACCAAGCGGCUGCUCCUGCCGCUCUUUGGAGUGGUGGAUAUGGUGGACGUGACCGAAGACUUUCUGAUUAAAGCCAAGACCUACCUGGGGGAGGAGGGCAAGAGGGUGAGGAACUACUUCUGCUGCGGCCUCCAGGACUUCAGCCCCGAGCCUAACUCCUACGACGUCAUCUGGAUCCAGUGGGUGAUAGGUCACCUGACUGAUCAGCACCUGGCCGAGUUCCUGCGGCGCUGCAAGCAGGGCCUGCGCCCCAACGGCAUCAUUGUCAUCAAAGACAACAUGGCCCAGGAGGGUGUGAUCCUGGAUGACGUGGACAGCAGCGUGUGCCGGGGCCUCGAGGUGGUCCACAGGAUCAUCCGCAGCGCGGGCCUCAGCCUGCUAGCCCAGGAGCGCCAGGAGAACCUUCCCGACGAGAUCUAUCACGUGUACAGCUUAGCCCUGAGAUGAGCAGGCACCGGCAGGAGUAAGGGACCAGCGCCGCGCAGGGUGGGGGGCUGGCAGUGGGGCAAGACCCGGAGGCUCCGUGACGAUGGCUCGGGGACGCGGAACAAGACCUCGAAAUACACUGUCUGCCGCCGC